AUGGCCGGACCAAAACGUUCAGUUGAUUUAAGUAGUGUAGAGAUUCAAGAAGCUUGGCAACAGGUUAGAAAUGAUGCAUCAGACGAUAAUUGGAUUCUAUUGAGUUAUGGUGAUAAUGGCGAUAUUGUACUAAGUGGAAAAGGUACAGGUGGUUUGAUAGAAAUGAAAACACAAUUAAAUGAAAAUCAAGUUUACUAUGGUGUUGCACGUGUUCGUGCUGUUGAUGAUCAUGGAAGUAAACGAGCUAAAUUCGUUUUCAUUACAUAUGUUGGAACAGGUGUAACUCCAAUACGUCGUGCUCGUGUUUCUACUCAUAAACAUGAAUUUGAAAGAUUCUUUAAUGGUUAUCAUAUACAAGUUUAUGCCAAUUCCGAAGAUGAUUUAUCUGAAGAAUCCAUAACUGCAUCAUUACAUGCCUGUGCUGGCGCGCAUAAACCACAAGCCUACGAAUUCUCCUAG